AUGUCUGUGGGAAAUAACUCUAAGUGGCACAACGAGUGCCAGGACAUUGACUUCGUGAGCUCUGGACAGCCCUAUAUUUCGGCGGUUAUGUUUUCGGCAGGUGUGUUCGGGAAUAUCGUGGCACUGCUCCUGUUAAAAGUCCGCCGCGGGAGGACCAACCGGUCCCUUUACCAGGUCCUGGUCACUGCGCUUCUCCUGACGGACCUACUUGGCUCCCUGUCUGUCAGCCCUGUUGUGCUGACCGCUUAUUUUCACAACAAAACACUGGUGGCGAUGAGUUCGAACAAAGAGGUGUGUUCCUACUUUGGCUUCAGUAUGACCUUCCUGAGCCUAUCCACACUGGGCAUCCUAUGCGUAAUAGCGCUCGAGCGUUACCUCUCCAUUGGCCACCCUUACAUGUACGAGCAGCACUUAAGCACACACUGUGCUUACGUUGUCAUUACGCUCGUCUACACGGGCAGCAUUCUUUUCUGCAUCCCUCCUCUCAUGGGUUUUGGUGACUACGUGCAGUACUGCCCGGGGACCUGGUGCUUCCUGCAGAUGGCUCACACGGGGAAAAACGAUAAAGUUUACACCGUUUUUUACGCUUCUAUCAUCCUCAUCAUGAGCUCUACGACAGUGGUGUGCAACGUAUCUGUCAUUUAUCUAUUGGUAAGGAUGCACGGGAGGGGUAAGGUCCGCCGGCUCUUCCGGCACCACAGGUCCAUGACAGAGGAGGUGGCUCAUCUCCUGCCACUAGCUUUCAUCACUGUUGUCUUCAUCUGCUGCACCUUCCCCAUAGUGCUCAGAGUGUGCAUAAACCUAACAGGCAACACGGAUAAGCAUUACACAGAUGAUCUACGAGCUCUCCGUUUGCUUUCAUUCCACUCCAUCAUUAACCCAUGGGUUUUCAUCAUCCUCCGCCCCUCUGCUCUGAAAAUUAUUUGGAAGAAGCUGCAGAAACCCCAGAAGUCCAAACACGUUGCAGGAGGCCUUGCAUUACAGCUCCAAAAACAGGAAAAUGAGGACAAUGGUGCACAUGAAUGAGUUGCACAAGGCCUCUAGGCCUGUAGCAGAUUCUCUGUCUAAGGGUAGGUGAAGUGAACUGAAGAACGGGUAAAACCAAACAGAGCCAAUGUUGCCACAUCUCAUUCAGCAGACACCAGGCAGCUUUCUAGAUGAUGUUGGAGUGUGAGGUCAUGUUAUUUAGGCAUCUGUUUGGAGUGGGCCUGUCUCUUUUGUUAAUCCAUCAAUCGUGGGUCAUUAUGCACAGGUUUUGUUGCUAAUAAAUACAGAAACCUC